AUGGGAAGUAGGCGGAGCUUCAACCCCGUGCCCCGGAGAGCACGUAAAGCCGUCGGCCUAAGCUCUCACCGGUCGUGUCGAACUGUCGUCCCACCGGAGUAUGAGAGUGAUAGGAAUAGAGAGUGCACGUUGUGUUUGCGCGUACACUUGUGCACUAUAAUAUCUCCUGCGCAGUUGGCUAGUCUCAAUGAUAUCGGCCGCCGUGGCCGGAAUCGGUCAGGAGAACAUCAUCAUCAU